UCACAGUCUUCCGAGCUGCAGAGCUAGUGCGGUCACCGGCGUACGGCGGCGUCCUACCUCUGUCAACACGGCGGCCUUUUCGAGCGUAAAACCCAAAAUAGGCAAAUUUUAGGAAAACAAACACUAUCACGCAGCCAUGGCGGCUGAAACUGACAAGGUAGAGCCCGCGGACAGCGAGCAGGACGAGGAAGAAGACGUGUAUGAGGUGGAAAAGAUCAUUGACAUGCGAGUGGAAGAGGGUGAAGUGCUCUACAGAGUUCGCUGGAAGAACUACUGCUCUGACGAUGACACGUGGGAGCCAGAGGCCCAUUUAGAAGACUGUCGCGAAGUCCUCUUGGCUUUUAAGAAGUCGCUGGCUGAAGCUAAGGCCAAGAAAGAGGCAGAAACCAAGAAGAGUGUAAAACCACUGCCUUCAAAGAGCGACGUGUUUGAUGCUGACUCGGAAAGUGACAGUGACAAAGACCGACCUGCUGAGGCGCCCGUCAAGAAGAAGAAAAAGAAGAAAAUCAGGGAAGAAGAAGAGGAGGAAGAAGAAUCACAUCUUAAGGAGAAAAAGAAAAAGAAGAAGGACAAACGAAGAGAAGAGUUCAGGCCAAUGCCGGCACCAGAAACGGAUGACGAGGAAGACAGAGUCCCAACCCCACCCUCUCCACCCAAGGAGAGAAAGCCUGAAUCAAAAAAACGUGUGGUUGACUCUGAAGAGGAAGAUGAUGAGCCUGUUCCCUCUAAGAAACACAAGAAGGAAAAGGGAAAAGAGGGUGGGAAGCAUAAAAAAGAAAAGGGCGAUGAGGGGAAGAAAAAGAAAGGGAAGAAAGAGAGGAAGAUUGAAACAUCUGAAGAUGAGGCCACUGCUCCGCUGGAGGAUGACCUGAGCGAAGGCCCUUCGGAGUCCCAAAUGGACGAUUCUGCAUCAACUGAGACUGUAACAAAAUCAGUGGAGAAAGCAGGUUUGGAUGACAAGUCCAAACAAAAAAAGGGGAAGUGGGAAGUAAAGCUGCAGGGCAUAAAGGAUCUUAUCCAUGACAAAAAGAACAAAAAGACAGACGCUACUCAGAAAGAAAGCACCCUCCAAAAACUGAAGAGUCACGCCUCUAAAGCAAAAGAGGAUACUGCCCUACAAUCAGACUCCAGUGACAGCUCCACACUACAUAAGAAAGCAAAGAGCAAGGGGCAGGAGAGCACGUCGGCACCACCCAAAGUCCCCUCCACAUCCUCAUCCUCCUCCUCAUCCUCCGUCACAGCUGCUAGCAUCACCAAGAGUAAGGAGGAGGAGGUAAGUAAGGAGGAGGUGUUGGGACAGAAGGACACCACAGGCUCAACUAACCUUUUUGAAAAGUUCCUGUUAAACUGUGAGGCCAAGGAUCGCGCCCCCCGCAGGAAUCAACCCACCGCAGAGAAGAGCAGCAGCAAAACCACAAAGUUAAUAGGAAAGAUUGAGAAGAUUCCCAAGACAACCAAAGAGUCUCCAGCUCAGAAACAAGAGGCUGAGAAGACAGAGCGGACCAAGCAGUCAGAUGUUCCCAGACCUGGUCAGAGUUACGGCUUCAGCCUGGAUAGUGAUGAAAGAGAAGAGGAGUCUACGGCAAAACUGAGGCCUGGAGAUGAUUCCCGGGAACGGAGGGAUAGGCCAGAGGAGCCACAGCGGCAAAGCUGGGAUCGGAGAACCCCUACUGAUGAUAGGAGGAAGAAAAGGGAGGACAGUGAACCUAGACUCUUUAUGGCAUGUGAUGAUACCCAGGACCCAUCAGAGGGCACUGACAAAUCUGACAAGGGGCAGGCCACUUUGAGUCUAGGAAUGGAUCUCAACCUGGACUGGAUGACUCUGGAUGAUUUCCAGAAACAUCUUAACGGCGAGGAUGAGAUCCUGUCAGGUCCACCAUUGUCACCAAAUGAGUUGCGAGAUGCUGUAAAAAGUGGAGAUUACAUGGCUGUAAAAUUGGCGCUUAAUUCCAAAGAGGACUACAAUCUGGACCAAGAGGAUGGCAGUUGUAUGACCCUCACCAUGCUGGCAGCAAUAGGAGGACAGGAUGACAUCCUCAGGUUACUGAUUAAAAAGGGGGUGAGAGUGAACAAACGACAGAAGAACGGCACCACAGCCCUGAUGCAUGCUGCCGAAAAGAAUUGUUUGACAACUGUUGCAAUCCUGCUGGAGGCUGGGGCUUACGUCAAUGCUCAGACGUUGAGUGGCGAGACAGCGCUGAUGAAGGCAUGCAAAAGAGGGAAUGCUGAUGUUGUGCGCCUCCUGCUGGAGUAUGGAGCUGACUGCAACAUCCUGUCCAAACACCAGAACACAGCUAUGUACUUCGCCAAGCACAGCAACAACCUGACAGUGUGCGACCUCAUCAAGGACCACAUCAGCAUGCUGUCCAGCGUGGCGGAGGACACCAUCCGAGCGUACUUUGAGUCUCGUCUGGUGCUGCUGGAGCCCGUCUUCCCUCUGGCGUGCCACAGGCUUUGUGAGGGUCCAGACUUCGCCAUGGAUUUUACCUUCAAGUCACAGCCACAACCAGAGGGUUCGGGCAUCCUCCUCUUCAUCUUCCACGCCAACUUCCUGAAUGAGAUCACAGCCAGGCUAUGCGGUCCUUGCAGCGUUCACGCUGUGGUGCUCAAUGACAAGUUCCAGCUGCCCAUUUUCCUGGAUAGUCACUUCAUCUACUCCUUCAGCCCGACUCCAGGCAUCAACAAACUCUUCAUUCGUCUUGCAGAGGCGCCAGCAGCCAAGGUUAAGCUCCUCAUCUGCGCGUACAGAGUCCAGCUGCAGUGAUGCCCCUCUCUGCUCACGUUAAUGGUCAUACCAAGCUUGGACAACAUAAUACUACACAUGCAGAUUCUGAGCAGCAGCUGAAAUACUUCACGAAGCACAUUACCCUCUGAGAAGAAAAAAGUGAUUGCGUCCUUGUCGUCGUGGAGUGAAAUUCAAAGCUGGCUUCCUGAGACGCAGGUGCACAUUCUUGACAACUGAAUCUCAGUGAUGAGAUCUGACUCCAGACCAGACCAAAGCUUGGUGCAGGCCAACAUAUACAGCACAAAUGUGAGGCACAAAGUCAGUUAAGGCUUGUGUAACCUUUGAGCAGUCCGUCCUUUGUGGGAGAUGCCAUCACUACACAGUCAGCUGAGUGAAGGAGGCGAUCAAAAACUGUUACUGGAGGAACUUUGAAGACUGACAGCCACCUGUGCCGUGCCUUUCUCCGAGUUCCACCUUCUGUCAGGGUGGAGCAGUUAGAUACGUGUGUUGAUUGUGUGUACAUGUGUGAUGAUUUUUGGUGCAUUUGAAGAAUAUGGAGAGGGGAUUUUCCAUCACUGUUUUUUUUUUUGUUUGUUUGUUUGUUUGUUUUCCCCCUCCUGUUUUUAGCAUUUUUAGUUGGACCAAUGGAAAAACGUUUUCACUCGUGUUGCUUUUGGUAACACAUCACUUUAUAAUGAACUUACUUCAUUGUACGAACUCGAGUCAGUGCUGCCCUCAGAAAAAAAUGAUUUGUAUAUAGUUAUCCUCAAAUGAUAUUUACAUUUCUGUCAAAUUAGUUUACAACUCCCUAAUUAAUAACAUCUCUUGGUUGUGCUAAAUCUGGGUUGUUGGUGGAUAAUUCACUUCAGGAGAGAGAUGAGAAGUUCAAACACUGAUUCUGGGGCACAGACACAAUGCAUGCAUCCUUAAAUUUCCUUUGUCUUGUUUUCCCACUUAGAAUUACGCCAGUAUGAGGUUAUUUCAAAGUGUGAUUUUGAGAGUUUUUAGUGAGUGAAGAAAAGUUACUUUUGCUUUCCGUGCACAGAGUUGCUGUUUAUAUUUUCUGCUCUGUACAUAUUCACAUACUAUAUAUAAAUAUAUACAUACAUAUAUGCAGUUAUGUCAUGUGAUGACUGCUGAUAUUUUUGUUCCUAUUUGGGCUAAAUUAUUUAGUUUGUACAGGAAAACGCUCUGAUGUUAGUUCCUUUUAAGGGCUAAAAUGUCUCAGACUGCCCUGCUAGUACAGAUUAGGGGAUUUUUGUUUUUUUACGUUGAAGAACCUCAUAGUUAACAUCUGUAUAGCUGCAGAAUUUAACACAUUUUUCCACACAGACACUGUACUGAGCCUGCUUAUUGCUCCCCUUCAGUCGCCUCUUAACAAUCAGUUUUCAUCAUGUGAUAUUGAAGGAGUCUCUCUACAGCAAGAUGGAUACCAAAUUCAAAGGUUUGGCUUUGAUAUUCAUCUUCAGAACACCAUAAACGCACCUAGCUGCAUGAUGUUGCCUACAAACCCAGCUCAGGCCAGCAGUAUGUCUCUAAAGCGCAGCAGUGCUGUUUGAUUGGUUGUCUCCAUGCUGCAUAUUCAGUUUUUACAUUAGUUUGUCAGUCUUUUCUGAAGGUUAAGUAAACAAUAUACCAGCAGAUUUUUGCCUGUGUUUUAAUUCAGCACGAAGGUGACUUCACAUGCUGCUAUUUAUCUUUAAUUUCAAUAGUCAGUUUCCAUUUUCUGCACAAAGUAAGGCAUUUCUCAAAAAAAGAAGUUAGUAAUGAGAUUGUAGCUAGGACAGAAAAUGAUUUGCUGUAUUCACUGCUGCUGGAAUUAACAUUUAAUUGGCUCUCUUAGAAAAACAGGUUGGCGGUAACUUCUUAGUCUAAAACUUAACCUUUUAUUUAAAGUUGCAUGCUCACAUUCAGGUGGCACAGUGUUGGUGGUGUGAUUUGUAAUGAUUCCUCAGAGCGUAAAGAUUUCUGGGUGGAGUUUGCAUCCUCGCCCUGUCCCUGCAUUGGUUUUCUCUGGGUUCUUUUCUUCUUCCCGCAGUCCGAAGACUUAAUGUUAGGUUAAUCUGGUGAUUCUAAAUUGGCUGUGGGUGUGAAUGUGAGAUGAGUGGUUCUCUCUGUGUUAGCCCUGUGAGAUAGAGGUACCUCUUGCCUUAUGACAGCUGGGAUAGGCUCCAGGUCCCCUGCGAUCCUGUGCUGGGUAAACAGUUAAGAAAUUGGAUGUCCACAUUCAGUAACUCAUCCCACUGACUACAGUUUGAAGUGUGCUUUUAAAGAAACUUUGGUCUGCUUUGUGUUUUUUACCACAUACUUGUCAGUUGGUUCUUUAUAGAGCUGCAUACUUUUAGCUUGUCUGGUGUCACAGUUUUGACUCCUAUUUUUUAACAGGCAUGCGGAUGCUUCAAAAAUCAAGCAUUGCCUUUACAUCAUGCUGACACUAUAAUAAAUUUUACAUUUUGAUUUUGAUUUCUUUUGCUUCACUCGGCAGAUGGAUGCAGCGCGUUUCACUUUACGGCAUUAAAAGGCAGCAAAACUAAAACCUUGUCUUUAGACACCUGUCACCUGUUCUUAGCUCACUGCACAGUGAGGAAUCGGGACAUGGAGUAGGCGUUUUGGUUUCAGUUGUUGGAGGCAAGCACGAUAUGAGGAAAGACAUGAAACUGGAAUACCUGAAAAACCAAGGACAGCUCUAGUUCAAACAUUACCAGUGAUUUUUCUGCUUUACAAUUACAGCUCAACGUUUUGAAACGCGUUCUGCUGUUUUGUAUUGCUUUAUGUAUUUAUCCCCAUCCUCCAUGCUGUGAUUGGUUUCCAGCAGUAAAAACCAGCCUCUCUAAACUUGCCUCAGAUAUGUAAGCCAUCUCAGUGAACAUUAAAUCCACCAUCAUUUAAGUUACUUAAGGACAUUAUACAUAUAUACAAAUACAUGCAUAGUUCUUAUAAUACAGGUUUCUCAGUCAGAGGUGGAGCAAAAGUGUUCACUUUAAUGGAUUACACCUUGUGGUUUAUUUCAGGAGUGCUUUCACAUUGCAUUGGAAUAAAAGAUGGGAGGAAGGAUUAAGAUCAUUAAAGAUAUGUUAAACUACAGCAGUAAAAAAUAAUACGCAGCUUUGUUUUUUAAGUCAUUUUAGAGCAAUGUGAAGAUCGUUUUUAAUGACAGGAACUGUCUCUUGAUCAUGUGUCGUAGUUUGAGCCCCUCAUGGUUUUCUCACUGCCUUGCCAGUACCUUCCUUUACCUCUACAGUCGCUUCACUUUGACUUGUACUUGGCUCUGAAUGUUUCCUGCAGAUAGAUGUGCUGUGUGUGUGUGUGUGUGUGUGUGUGUGUGUGUGUGUGUGUGUGUGUGUGUGUAGAGAGAUGCUGCUUACCUGAGGCUGUCUCUCUGCCCUGAAUAAAACGUGUACAUACAUUUGCACAUGCUGCUUGUUUUUGUUUAUUACGUGGCCAUCUGCUCAAUACGUGAGGUUUUUUGUGUUCAGAGGAUGUCACAAAUUCACUUUUUGAACUAGAAACAUCGAGAGGUCACCGUUUUACAGACAGGAAAUACUUUGUAUAAAAGUUCCUGUUGAUGUUCUCUCGCUCUCUCUCUUAAAAGAUUUUAAAAUGUAAGUAAUUACAUUCUUCUGCAGCUCCACAGACUUCUGAUUAUUCAUCUUAAGAUGUUUUCUGAUGUGAUCAUUAUAUAAAUGAGAGGAUGAAAAUAUAUGCAUGAGAAAGAGUUGCCAUUGGGAUAUUUAAACACAUGCAGCUGAUAUUAAUGCUGUACAUCUAACAAAAAACUGAUUAAAAGUUUCUGCAAAUUGAUCUGAAUCAAGCAUGAAAACAUAAAAUAACCAUUGAUGCCAGUUUUUUUUUUUUAGAAGCCACAUCUUUGAUGAACACAUCAGAUGCAGGUGUUCAACCAGUCAUUCCUGAUCAGAGGCCUUUAGAAGCUCCGACAGAUCGCUUUCCUGUCAAAGAGGGCGAUACAUUGAAACAGCACCACUCAGAGGAAGGAGACGAGAUCUGCUUCAGAGUUUAGUUUUAAAAGAAGUAUUAAUACAUAAACUAAACCUGGCUUUGAAAGGCUGUUUUAAAGUAAAAAAAAAAAAAAAGUGAGGGAAGGAAAU